GGCAACCCCGAAGCCCAGCGGAGAGAAAACCAACCGACCUCCGGCAGUGGGCACCUCGGACGCCGCCGCCAUGGACCUGGUCAUAACACAGGAGCUGGCCCGCGCCAAGAGCCAACAGGACGCUGACGCUCUGAAGAGGGCUUACCAGUUGAUUAAGUCCGCCAACCUGGGCAAGUCCGAGUUCGACCCCACAGAGAGCUUCAGCCCGGACCUGUUCGUCUUAUGUGCAGAGCAGGCCCUGAAGAUGGGGCAGCGGGAGGUGAGUGAGGACUGCAUCCAGAUGUACUUCAAGGUGAAGGGGCCGGUCACCCAGUUUCUGGGCCGGGCGCACCUGUGCAGGGCCCAACUGUGUGCCCCCAAGUCCACGGAAAACAUGGUGAGAGGCAGCCCUGAGCCCCGCGUGCUGGGUCCUCCUGAUUCUCUUCCUUUUAAGUGAUGAAGCCUUGGAGUCCACAACCUUGAGUCUGCUGGCGCAGCGGAGGGCACCCGUAGCUCGUCUGCCGUCCUGAGAUGAAUACUUUAUUGCUGGUCCUGC